CAGUUCCAGAGUGACGAACAGAUUACCUCUGCUUGGAAGUAGUGGGCCUCCAUAUUAGAUCUUUCAAACUACUUCAUCAGACAAUGAAAAGUAAACGCCUAGUGGGUAUUGGAGAUAAUGUUGGCAGAGUUUGUGGAGAGGAAUCGAGGGUUAAUCAGUUGAGAGGUGAUCUCAUGUUAGGCGAUGUGAUUUGGGUCAAAAUCAAUGGUUGUAGCUGGUGGCCUGGACAGGUUUUUGAUGAGAACAAUGUGAGUGAUACUCUUAAACCCCAAAAUCGAGUAGUGGGUGAAGUUCUCGUUCGACUUUAUGGAAGCUAUGAAUACUUGUAUGUGGACUCUACAAAAUGCAGAGCUGAGUUUGAGAAUAUUCUGAAAGAAAAUAAUGGUAGCUAUAGUGAAACAUUUGGGAAAGCCUUGGAGCAGGAACUUUCUUGCAUCAAAUCUGCUAAAAAAUUGAAAAAGGGAGGUUCCGAGCCUAGAGGGAAACCUCCUAGACUUGAAGCUUCCAAAGUUGAAAAGUUAAAGCAACAUCGAACAAGAAGAACUCAGGAAGCAGAUGGCCCAAUUGUUGUAAGGACUUCUCCAAGAAGACAACAUGAUAUCAAGAUGUCCCUGAAAAGAGUGAAGAGGGGAGAACUCGUCUCCAGAAAAGCAGGCGAGGAAGCUUCAGAAAAUAACACCACAAAGCAAGAUCCAGUUCAGGAGAAACUCAAAGCAAAAAGCCCAAUCUCUGCAAAGAGUUCUCCAAGAAGACAACAAGAUAAUAGCAGACCUGGGAAACGAGUGAAGAGUGGAGAACUCGUCAAAAAAGCAGGGGAAGAAUCUAAAAAAAAUGGCACCUCAAAACAAAAACUAGCUCAGAAGAAACUCAAACCAAACAGCCCAAACUCUGCAAGGUCUUCUCCAAGGAGACAACAUGAUAACAGCAGAACCAAGAAAAGAGUGAAGAGUGGAGAACUCGUUUCCAGAAAAGCAAGGGAGGAAGCUUCAAAAAAUGACACCCCAAAGCAAAAACUAGUUCAGAAGAAACUCAAAUCGAACAGCCAAAACUCUGCUAGAGGUUCCCCAAGAAGACAGCCAGAUAACAGCAGAACUCGGAAAAGAGUUAGGAGUGGAGAACUGUUGUCUCAAAAAGCAGGGGAGGGAGCUUCAGAAAAUGGCACCCCAGAGCCAGAUCUAGUUCAGAAGAAGCAGAGACCAAAUAGUCCAAACUCUGUAUUGAAAAAAUCAGGACAAUCUCAGGAUUUGAGUGAACGAAGAACGAGAGUAAUGUUGAAUCUUGGCCUCAUUGCCCCUUGUGGAUCUCCAUUCCACAGAAAUGGAAUUGCGAUGCCAAGUAACUUACUGGCUACUCCAUGA